GGGAGUGGGGCAGGCGAUGACGUCACGCGAGGAGGGGCGCGGCUGGGAUGACGUCACUCCCACCCCAGGUUAGAGUAGGGGGUCCGGGGGUUCCGUGGGUACCCACUGAGUUCAAGGAUAUCUCCAGGGAAACCCCCAGGGCGGGAUCUCUUUCCCUCUUCCCUCCCCCUUUCCACCUCGGACACCUGGGUUCGUAGUUCCAUAUGUCCUCUUCAACCCCAGCCCGAGGUCGCCCCAUAGUCGGAGGGUGGGGGGAAGAUAUACCAGGAGCCGGACACCUGGGUCACUCGUUCCCUGGUCAUGUGUGUAGGAGGGUGCCCUCUAAGCCCUCGGGCAUCGGGCCAGAUGCUGCCAGAUUGGGGUGGGGUGGGGUGGGUGGUUAGAAGGAGAAGAGCACAAGACAGGACUUAGAAGUCCUAGCCCACCACUGCACUUUAGGCCAAAUUUGACAAAAUCCUGCGCUUCCCUUUUCAUCCUGCCCCAACCACCAUCACCACGACCCAGGUAAGAAGCAAGGCCAGUAGUGUACCUCAAUUCCUUGGACAUCCCCUUCCUCUUAAUCCACCUGUGUUCUCUCCUUUCCCUACUUGCCCUUCUCCCCUCCCACAAAAUCUGACUCCAAAGCCCAUCCUCUGAGAAGCUUUCCCAGAUUUACUUGACCUGUUUUCUGUUCCUUGACUCCUCCUCAGGCUAACCAGAGUGGUCAGUUUGGUCAUCAUUUAUGCAAUUCAUGUCCUGGCUCCCCUCUUCAGGCCAGGAGUUUUUCGACCCAGGAUGGUAGGGCACAGGAUUGGGGGAAGGAAUUGUUGGUAUCGGAGCAGCAUCUAUUAAAUGCAGAAUGUGGGGAGACCCGAAGCUUAGAUGAUAAGAGCCCCUGCCCUCCAGGACCUUGCACUCUAGUAGGGAAACAACACUUAACCUGUGUUAGAAUUAGGGGGAGUCUUUACUAAGGGGAGGGAGGAUCAGAGAAGGCUUGGUGAAGAAGGUAGACCUUAAUGGAUGGAGAAGGGAGGGCAUUCCAAGUUUUGGGAGCAAAGCCACAAAGUAGGUGCAGAAAUGGUCACAGAGAGACAGAGAAUCCUCGAAGGGGAGCAAUGGGGGGGGGGUAAGAAUGAAAUGAGUCAGGAAGACCAGGUGGUACCAGGCUGGAGGAUCUUGAACUCUAGACACCAGAGUUUUUACUAGGUAGGUGGCAGGGAGCUACUGAAGGUUUUGCAAUGGCAUGAGAGACAGCUGUGAUGAUCGAGGCAGAGCCAGAGAGAAAGAAGAGAGGGGAAGAGGGGACUGGAUGUGAAGUCAUGGGACCUAGGCUCUGCCACUUCUGGGAUCAUGAGCAAAGCACUUCACCUCCGGGUCUCAUUUUCUUCAUAAAAUAAGGGAGUUGAACUAGAGACUUAUGAGGAGCCUUCCAACUUUGAAUCUAUGGUCCAUAUGAUCAUUCUGUGCUGUGUUUCCUUCUUUAUAAAAUGGGAAUAAUAAUACACAUAUAACCACUUUAAAUAGGCCUGCCUAUGGUGACUAGUUCUGUGCACGAGAAGGAGGAGCCGGUGAAGGUGGAAUUCUUUGCCCUAAACUCUAAUCGCUGAAUCAGGUCCCCAAGAGUGGUCCAGAUAUUGCACACAGCAUUCCCAGUGCCCAAGGGAACCGUCUAUGAUAUCUGAGGGGAGCAGAUGUUAUAGUCACAUGGCCCCUGGAAGCUGCAAAUGACCACCACAGAGGUCAGCCAGACUAGCCCCAUUACUGUGAAAAUGGGGAAACAUGCCCAGAAAAGGGACACGGCUUUCCCAGUGUGCCAGAUGGUUGAGUCUCUUCCUUGUCCUAGCAGAGACCAAGCAAUAGUAGGAGGGGGCUGUCCUCCUGCCUGUCAAAGAAUCCUCCUUUCAAAGACUGAGGAAUAGUUAAUAAGCCCACCCUGUGCCUGGCACUGUGCCAAGCCCUGGGGGUACCUAUAAGAACCAAAGAGACAGUCCCUGCCCUUGAGGAGCUUCAAGUCUGCUGGCAGGACAGGACAGGACAGGACAGGACAGGAAGUAGAAGAGGGGGAUGAAACUAGAGGAAGGAGAAAGUCUGAAUGGGGGGAAGAGGUAAAAACAGUGACAAUAAUGACCCACUUGAAUAUAGUGCUUUAAGGUUUGCAGAGAGAGCUCUCUAGAGCGGUCCUUACAGCAGCCUUGGGAGGUAGGUGCCAUGAUUAUCCCCGUUUUACAGAUGGGGAACCUGAAGCAGGGUAAGUGGGAAGUGCUAGGAAGUGCUUGAACUGGGACUCCACAUUGCCUCUGGGCAGCACCUGAAGCCCAGGUGAGGUUGAGGAAGGGGUGUAUGUGGGGGGGUCCUUUUAAUCUUUACCCCCCCCCCCCCAGUACAAGAGCUUGAUAAAUAUUUGAAUUGAACCGAAGUGUGGAGACCAAGAAGGAGGAAGCCCAGACCUUAGAACUCAGGAAGCUCCCAGCCUGGAGAGCAGGAGAACCAAAUCCACGUGAGCCUGAGAACAGGACGGGCUGUUUGUGGAGCGGCGUGCCAGCGUCGUUCAGUGCUGUGGGAGUUCAGAAGUGGGCGAGACGGGUGUGGGCUAAAGAAGGCAGUGCUCUGUGAAGAGUGCUGGCCUGGAGACCUGUGGGGCUCUGAGCCUCAGUUUCCUCAUCUGUAAAAGGUGGGGGGGGUUGGACCCGGCGAUGGCUGAAUUCCUUCUUUCCCAGCACUGACAAACUUGGGAAUGUCUGUUCUAUUUAGGGAAAGCUGGAAGGUAGGACUUGAGCGAACUGUUAGGUUUACUAAUGCCUGCUCUGUGUACUGGGGGAGGAGAAGGAGAGGAGAUCACACGGGAUCAAAGCCCAACUGCUGGCCCCAGAAGUGGCUUUAGCCCGGCCUGCUUGGAGGGUGGGGAGGCUGACCCUGUGGAAGUUGAGAAGGCCUGCCUAGGGCAACGUGAAACCUCCAGAUCAGAGGGUCUAGCCUGGGAAGGACCUUAGAGAGCCUUUGCCCCAGGCUCCCCCCUAGAGGGGGAAAUGACUUGUAAGGUGUCGUAGGGACUCCCAUUCCAUCCUCUUUACGUGACAUCCCUCUUGCCUCCCUCUCCCAGAUAAAGCUGGGAAGAUAACUGGGCAUCAGAUGAUGCAGGGCCUUGACUAUCAUCACACGAAGGACUAUAGAAUUUAUCCCCCGGCCAAACAGGGAGCUAUUGACUAUUUCUGUGCAGGGGAGAGUUAUAGUCAGCUUUGUACAUGAGGAAGAGAAAUCAGACUGUGUGUGCGCGCUAGAGUAGCUGGGGAUGGGGGUGGGAAAUCUGGAAUGGAGUGGAAAAGGCACAAGUGGAUCUCGGAGUCAGGGUCAGAGGAAAACUAGCCUCGCGAGGAAGCCAGCCAGUGGCAGAAUUGAAAGAGGAGCCUUCCCAGGGCCCAAGACCCCCACAAGAUUUCAGAACUCCCGGAAAGGACCUUAGAAAUGGAAGAAUGCAGACCUGGCAUUUGGAGAGGGUGGGAAGGAAGAGACCUUUCACCAGUGCCCAGGCCGGCUAGGGAUUGUGGUGAGGCUCCAGGAAGCGCUCCCGAGGAUCUGCCACAUUUUUAUCAGCGAUGAAAGCAUAGCUGGCAUACCUCGGGGAUUGUUCGGUGCCACAGAGCUGGGAGGGGUAGCUAACUUGUCGGACCACAUAGUCGGGAUCCAGAAAGCUCUCAGCAGGCCAGAAUGAGGGGCUGAACCUCAUGAGGUGACAUUUUAAAAGCUGAUCGCUGUAAACGUCCACAAAGCUGAACCAUCCCUCCCCCGGCAAGGCGUUCCGAGGUGCAACUGAACCAAUUACAUUUUUAGCCUCGGAAGCGGAGAAUGAGACCUUCCGACGGUGGCGUCCGGUGGCUGUCUGCCCUGGGCCCCAUUUUUAUCAGACAUCUAGCAACUGGGCUUGUUCUGUGCCCCUUUUCCAAGCCUGGCUUUCCCUUCCAUCUUAGAGUCAAUACUGUGUUUUGGUUCCAAGGCGGAAGAGUAGUGAGGACUAGGCGAUGGCGGUAACUUGGACUUUCCCUUCUUCUCUGCUCAGUUUCUACCUCAGUUUCCUCCUCUAUAAAACAAGGAGGUUACACUAGAUCGGGGGCCCUUCUGUAUCGACUCAGAGUACCAAUGAGUAAUCAGAUCUGCAUCAGUUAGCAUCAGUUGUAAGACAAGAGCUGGAAGGGAUGAGUGAGUUGCCAGAUUUGGACUAUGAACGCGCUUGUUUUUUUCGCUGAGCACUGCACCGUACUUCGCUAUUUUGGGUCCCAUAUAUUUUCAGUCGAUGAACUUAAACACUUUAUUCCUAGAAGAUAUCUAUAGGUUGUGAAAGGGACCCUGAUACAAAAACUGGUUAAAGAACCCCCGGGCUGGAGGGUCUUUGUGCGCCACGAAUUCUUGAUUCUGCGAGAAGAGACGGAGACUAAGUUAGCCCCCUGGAUGAAUGGGAGGGUGGGUUCCACCGCAGGGGACUCCCUGGGGGAGAACGUCCCAGAGGCUGGAACCCCAGUCAGGGAAGGGCCGGCGCAGCAGGAAGGAAUCCAUCUUUGGCCCAACUUCUCUCCCUCAUAAGCCCUUUUGGCCUAACUCCAGCCUGGGGCCCCCCCUUCGGAGCAGGGGGCCCAGGGGAAUCCAACACCUGCCUCCGCUGUUUGAGGACCAAGGCACGGGAUCUGUUUCUUCCCCCCAACCUGGAAAUCCCCCAAAGAAGUAACCCGAGACCCCCUUCACACACAGACACCUGCCUGGGGGAGGGUGCCUGGAGGAAGGCCCCACAACAGGCUCAUGCCCAGUGCAGGAGUCUGUUCAUAGAAAACAGCUGGGGCCAGUUGAGGGUUCCCUGGGGGGGGAGGGGGGAGCCUCAAGGACUCCGACCUUCCUUUCUGGAACACUCACACCCUAAGAAGGCGGGCUGGGCUGGCCGCUUCCCUUUCCGAGGACACAGUCCCCUGACGCUCCUUGCAGAGGAUUCUGGAGGCUUUGUGUCCCAGGAACACACCUGGGACUUGUGGCUUCAGAGCAAUUUCUCAGGCCUUGAGACCCUCUCCUUCUCUGUCCUGUGGACCCCCAGAGGCACACACAUUGUGGCUGGGCUUCAGGGAGUGGGGUGAAGGGCCCAGCAGGCUGAGAAUGGGAGCACCCCCACCUGGAGCCCUCCGGGAUUAGGUCCUUCUGUGUGGGGCCUUUCGGUUGUCCGUCUAGCCCCUCCCCAGAUUUAGCUGCUUUUGGGGGGGAGUGUAAUCCUCUCCCCCCUUCCCAAACCCUUGUCCACACCUGUGCAGGUCCCCAGGAGUUGGUGCACCCCCCCAUUUCCGCAUUCCAGUGUGGGGGCGGGAGGGGGGGCUGGGGCCUUUGGUGAGGUUAAUAAUAAAUGGAAUGUCCCUUCCUCCCCCGCCCCCAGGUGAGGGUGUUAGUUCUGGCCGGGAACCUGGGCCCCUGGAUGCCAGGCUGCAAGGAGGGAGGAGGAAACGGGAAUCCGGGCGCUUAGAGGUCCAAGUCCAGACUCCCUUUACUAAGGGGAAAUCUCAGGCUCUGGAGGGGACGGACGGGGCUUAUUCAGGGUUAAGGCUGAGCCUGAGGAAGGGACCUGUUUGGGGAAGCCAAUUCUCCCCAGGAAUGAGCAGCGCUGGGGGACACGUGGACCCUUUCCAAGCCUGCGGGGCCGGAGGGGGGCCCCCUUUCCCUCCUCCCUCUCCAAGGGCAGCCCCCCCAGCUCCCUCUGGCCCCAAGGUCACUUCACUGGCCCAGCUUUAACCGAAAGGGCUCGACGUUUAGCCGAGACACUAGGAUCCACUCCUUUCUGACCUUGUUUAGCGCCAGGCGCCUCAUCUGUAGAGUGGGGAUGGCCGAGCAGGGCCUCCUCUGAACUGCACACCACCCUCCCGCUCCGGACCCCUUUCCGGCUCUCUACGGGGUCUCCCGUGAGCUUCCCAAACCCAGAACGUCCAAAGCCAAGUGUACAGCCGCCCCCAUCUCACUCUGUUCUGUGGGUCAGCGGACCCUAUUAAAGGCCCCCCACGUGCGUGUGCACCGCACAGGCGAGAGACCUGGAGGAGGCCCCCCUCUAACGGGGAAGAGAGCUCGGCGGACGUGAAUGAGUGAUAGGAGAGAAUGGAGGCAGGCCGGAGAGGAUACCUGGCGGGGCUUCAGACCGAAGGGGCAUGUUAGCUGGGACGUGGAGGGACCGGGCGACCUUUCUCGUCUCUUUUCUCUCCCCUGAUCCCGAGCCCCACUGGGCCUUCCUUGGAGGCCUCUCUCUGCCCCGUGAGCUCUGGAGUCCCCUCCCUCCGGCCCUCUCCAGGAAGCCCUCCCUGUUAUCUCCUCACCUAACAAAUAGAUGUAAACAAAUCCACAGGGCCUCCUUCCAGGGGCCCUUCCAGUUUUUUGUUGGGGGAGGGGAGUUCCUGGGAUGCCCAUUCUACAUAAUAGACUUGUAUUUGAACCCUGGCUCUGCUCUAACCUGGGUGACCAAAUCACAUCAUCUCGCUGAACCUCACUUUCUUUAUCUGUAGAAUGGAGGUGAUAAAAAUGAAUGCACCUAUUUUUUUUUUAACCCUUACCUUCUGUCUUGGAGUCAAUACUGUGUAUUGGCUCCAAGGCCAAAGAGCAUUAAGGGCUCUGCACUGGGGAUUAAGUGACUUGCCCAGGGCCACACAGCUGGGAAGUGUCUGAAGCCAGUUUUGAGCCCACGACCUCUAUCCACUGACCCGUCUGGUCCUAUAGUACUUAGCUAAAAGACUUGAGAGGAAAGUUCUUUGGGGGGGGGGGAGCCAAAAUACUGUAGAAAUAUGGUAUUUAUUAUUAUUUAAACCCUUACCUUCUGUUUUAUUUUACUUUUUUAAAUCCCUAUUUUCUGUCUUGGAGUCAAUACUGUGCAUGGGUUCCAAGGCAGAAGAGCAGUAGUAAGGGGGAGGCAAUGGGGGUCAAGUGACUUGCCCAGGGUCACCCAGCUAGGAAGUGUCUGAGGCCAGGUUUGAACCCAGGUCAUCCACUGAGCCACCCCGCUGCCCCCCUAUUUUAUUAUUAUUGUUCUAAGGAGCCUGUCUUUAAUUUCUGGGACAUCAACCCCUCUUCCACCCUGAUGCUGAGGAUUGUUUCCUAAGGAGGGCCUUAGUUCCUUGUCUUUUACUAGUCCUACCAUUUCCUAAUAUGUAAACCCCAGUUCAAAAACUCUCCCACCCGUGCCCUUCCUUGGCCCCAGAGCCCUGUCCUAGCCCUUCCCUCCUGGCCUCCCCUCUUUGUGUGCCUGCCUUGGCCCCUCGCAUCUCCGCCCUGCCAGUCGCUCGUCCUUUUCUGCCCUGCCCUCCCCCAUCUCCACAGGCCGCAGACCCAAAGAAUGAGGGUGGAUUUCAGAGUCCAUUCACCAGGGAAAGAGGCCACACUGCAGAAGAGGAUUACAGGAAAUUAGAGAUACCUAUAAAAAAUAAACAAUGCCGCGCCCCCCUUUCUGUGGCACAGGAAGGUUUGCAGAACCCCCAGCCAUCUUUUUAAGGAGCUUGUCUGUUACUCCGUUUUACAAAUGAGGAAACUGAGGCUCCGAGCGGCAAUGACUCCCACGCAUGCUUUUCCUAGGAGCCUCCGAAGGGCGGCGCUGUAGCUCAGAGGCGCAGGCUCCUCCCCCUCAGGAGUCUUCCUCCCUCCUGGUGGCUGCUCUGGCACCCAGGUCCCCCUGAGUCCAGGAUGCCCCCGUUCUUGGCAGCUGCCCAUAGUGGGCGGUCAUGAGAGCCCCCAGCAGAGGGGAUUUGGAGUCAUUUUACAGAUGGGGAUACUGAGGCCCAAAGAAGGCAGGGCCUCACUCCCGGCCCUCAGUGCUUGGGCUUCUGAUUCUAGGUGGGGGAGGUACCGGGCCAGGGUCCUUGUCACCCCCGCCCCUUCCCGCCAGCGUGGAGCUCUCCGAGGGGGGCAGGGGGGCUCCUGUGGCUCCCUAGAGGGUUUUCCCGGUGGGCAGGCGGGCAGGAAUAGACGUUUGUGGAAUGAAUGAAUGAAUGAAUGAAUGAAUGGAGGACCCCUCUGGGGCUGUGGAGGCCGCCCGGCUGACCAGCCCCCUUGUCUGCAGUGCGCCGCUCACCCAGCCAUGGCGAAGCUGGAGACCCUGUCCGUGUGCGCUGACCCUGGCCGCGACCCCCUCCUGGCCUUUGCCCCUCGGCCCCCCGAGCCCCGCCCCGCAGCCCCUCGCCUCGUGGCCAUGGGCAGUGUGGGCAGCGGGGUGGCCCACGCCCAGGAAUUCGCCAUGAAGAGCGUGGGGACGCGGACGGGCGGGGGCUCGGGUGGGGGUGGCCGAGGGGGCUACCCAGGGCCAAGGGGCGGCGGGCCGGGUUCUGGCAGCGGGGACCUCCCGGCCAGAUACCCGUCGGAGGACAAAGCCUUGGCCAACUCCCUGUACCUCAAUGGGGAGCUGCGGGCCGGGGCCGGCGUCAGCGGAGACCGGACGGAUGUCUGCGGCAACAUGGUCAACAGCAGCGGUGACAAGGCCCCGCCCCAGUACCGGGAGCCGGGCCACCCCCCGAAGAUUCUGCCCACCUCUGGCAAACUGGACCAGUGCACAGAGCCUCUGGUGAGACCGUCAGCAUUCAAGCCUGUGGUGCCCAAGAACUUCCACUCGAUGCAAAACCUGUGCCCGCCCCAAAGCAACGGGGCAUCGGAUGGGCGAAAAGGCCCCGGGGGCCUGAAGGGUGGCGGGCUGGACAAGGCACGGACUAUGACCCCGGCAGGCAGCAGCAGCGGGGGCGGGGGCAGCGGCGGCAGUGGGGGGGGAGGAGGACUCUCAGAUUCGGGCCGAAACUCGCUGACCAGUCUGCCUACGUACAGCUCAGGCUACAGCCAGCACCUGGCACCCCUCAGUGCCUCCACCAGCCACAUCAACCGAAUUGGCACAGCCGGCUAUGGGGGUGGGGGAGGCCCCGGCAGCGGGGGCCCUGGCUAUCACGACCUUUCCUCCUCAGACAGUGGGAGGGCUUCCAGCAAGAGCACGCCCUCCUUCGGCAGGCUGAACCCCUUGGGGUCCGGGGAGGGUGGGAGCAGCAGUGGCGUGGGGGUGGGAGGGGGGGGCGGGGGCCUGGGCUCCUUCCCGGCCUCUCCCCCUUCGCCGGAUGCAGUGAUCCAGGAGCUGGAGGAGCGCCUGUGGGAGAAGGAGCAGGAGGUGGCGGGGCUUCGGAGGAGCCUGGAGCAGAGUGAGGCCGCCAUUGCCCAGGUGUUUGAGGAGCGGCAGAAGGUGUGGGAGCGGGAGAUGGAGGAGCUGCGGCAAAACUGCGCCGGGAAGCUGCAGCAGGUGACCCGGCGCGCCCAGCGUGCGCAGCAGGGCCUGCAAAUGCAGGUGCUAAGACUACAGCAGGACAAGAAGCAGCUUCAGGAAGAUGCCGCCAGGCUUGCCAGGCAGCGAGAUGAACUCCAGGAAAAGGUGGCUGCCUGCCAGAAGGAGCAGGCCGACUUCCUGCCCCGUAUGGAGGAGACCAAGUGGGAGGUUUGCCAGAAGGCUGGGGAGAUCUCACUCCUGAAACAACAGCUGAAGGAGUCCCAGGCAGAUGUGAGCCAGAAGCUGAGCGAGAUCGUGGGGCUGCGCUCGCAGCUGCGGGAGGGCCGGGCCUCCUUGCGCCAGAAGGAAGAGCAGCUGCUGACCCUGCGGGACUCGCUGGGUGCCAAGCAGCCCAGCCUGGAGCUGCAGCUGCGGGAGGGCGAGGCGGAGCUCGGCCCGGGGCUGCGCCUGCGGGACCGCCUGGGCCCCAGUGAGCCUCGGGCCGGGGAGACCGCCGGGGCAGAAGGGACAGCCGCCGCCGCCGCCGCCGCCGGAGAGCCCGCCGAGCUCUGCGAGAGCGACGAAGCCAAGAUGCGUAGACAGGCGGUGGUGUCCUCUUCUUCCUCCUCGUCCUCUGGGGCUCCCCAGGACGGGGAGGGCGAUGCUGCGGAUGCGGCCGGUGCCCGGGCCCUGCGGCGGGAGGUGGGUCGGCUGCAGGCGGAGUUGGCGGCGGAGCGGCGGGCCCGGGAGCGGCAGGGUGCCGGCUUCGCGGAGGAGCGGCGCGUGUGGCUGGAGGAGAAGGAGAAGGUCAUCGAGUACCAGAAGCAGCUGCAGCUCAACUACGUGGAGAUGUACCAGCGCAACCAGGAGCUGGCCCGGCGCCUCGGGGAGCUGGGGGCCUCGGGCUCCUCCCUGCCCGCGCCCAUGCCCCUGCCUGUGCCCGUGCCUGUACCCGCGGCCCACGGCGGCCCGGGAGAAGAGAAGAAGGCUUGGACCCCCUCCCGCCUGGAGCGCAUAGAGUCCACAGAAAUCUGACGCUAGCCGGCCCCGCCCCCCUCAGCAGAGGCCGGUGGCCGCCGAACUCGCUCAACAUUUUUUUUUUCUUCUAGUUUGGACGAGAUGACCGAGGCCCCUCCCCCAAUGACCUAUGGUGGCCUUUGGUCCUGAAUCUAGGUCCGUGGCCCCGGCCCCUGGCCCUGGGGAAUCCCAGCUUCCACACCCCUUCCCCAGAGUCCCCAGACCAAAGAGGUUCACGAAGCUCGGGUGACCGUUCCCCUAUCCACCCACGCCCCCACUGUGUCAGCCCUAAGAUGUUCCAUUCCUUUACUCUGGGCUUCCAAUCCGGGUCUCCUGCCUGGAGGAGGAGGAAGGCACUGGCUAGUCUGCUCAGGAUCCCUGGUGGGGUGGGGAUAGGGGAACCUAAGAGUCAUAAGUAGGUGGGGGGUGGAGUGGGACUUGGGGGAGAAGCUGAGGCUGGCCCUGACCACCGAUGAUCCCAAAGCACACUUUCAGCAAGUCUUGGACCAGUGUCUUCCCUGCAUCUCCCUAUCCUUGCCCUUGCCGAGUCCCCAGACCCCAUCUCCUCCAUGCACUUUCUCUCUCAUUGGGGGUAUCAGCUCGGCAUGACCAAAGACCCUAGGGCUCUCCCCACACACACCCCGUCCAGUAGGGGCAAGGACCCCCUCCAGCACCCUCUUCUCUAGGGCAGUUGGGGGUUGGGAUUGUAGAUGAGGUGCAGGAAGCAGGGUUGACAGCUGCAAGCCUAGGUAGGAGUUGCUGUGUGGAUGGAGGUGGGAGUUGAGUUUCUCAGUUUGUCUGGGUCCUGUCAUCUCACCACCUGUUCCACCCCCUCCCCAAUCUCUGUCUCUUAAUCCCUGCCCCAGUAUCUCUUCCCUGCUCUCCUCCCAACCGGCCAUGGCUGACCACUGACCACUGCCCCCAGCCUAGCCACCUUCCCACCCCUGCCCUUGGGACGAGGAGAAGCUUGAUCUCUGACGCAUACACACCUUUGGGGUUUGGGUUAUUUUAGGGAAAUUACACCAGGCCUUCCUGUGAUGGGGCUAGAGGUGGGGGCCUUCUUGGGAUUCACCAGCAAUAACAGAGGGAGGUUCAGCUUCGUCAUCUCCCCCCAUCCCAGAGCUGACCUGGGGGGAGCUGGUAAAUCCUGUGCCCUCCCAAGCCCACCCCCCAAAACCAAUGGGCCCCCACAAUUCUUAAGCCCUGACUGCCCCAGCCCAACCAGGACUGUUCUUGAGUAACCAAACUUCAACACAAAAUUUUCAGACCCCUGAGACACACCCCAGGAACUUGAUGGCUAAACUGACCCUCUAGGGUACAGAUGGAUGGGCCAGUCCCCUGGGAAGAGAGCAGAGGACCAGAGAGCCCUGGGGGUGGGGUGGGGUAGGAGGGCCUGGGAAAGCUAAGCCCUGGGAUGAGGGCCAGCCAGAAGCUGAACCACCUAUAAAAGUAGGAGCAACCUGGGCCUUUGGGCAGAAGCAGGUCAUAAAAGAACAUGACCCUUGUCUGUUUCUCCAAUUGUGCAAGACUUUUGGGGUUUCCACAAUGAAAUAAAAAAGAGAAAGGCCAACCCCUCUAAA